GUUCAGCGCCAUUUCCAAAACAUUCGACUGAGUCCGACAGACAGGACUUACAAGGCAUGGCAGACAGGCGACCUUUUUCGGAAAUAAUGAACAUUAACACAGUGAUGGAAAUGGAUGCUGAAGAUGAUGAAGAAAAGGCAAAUAUGUUUCAUGAACCCAUGAGAAGGAACUUACUGGACGUGUUUGACAAAACCCUACCACCAGUCGCUGAUGAACGAAUGUGUGUAUAUCUCAGAGUUAGACCAUUUUCUCCCAAAGAAAUAGAAGAGGGUGAAGACCAGGGUUGUGUGAAAGCUCUUAAUGAGUACAUGAUUUCGGCCAAUGCACCUAAAGAUUCUCAUACAUUCAAAAGUACAACAUAUGGCCUGGGAAAAGCCAAACAUAAUUUCACAUUCUCUAGAGUAUUUCCAGAAUCAACAUCCCAGAAAGAGUUUUUUAGUGCAACCAUGCUUAAACUGGUUCAAGAUUUCAUUGAGGGACAAAACUGUCUUGUUUUUACUUAUGGCAUAACCAAUGCAGGAAAAACUUAUACAAUUCAAGGAAACCCUAAAGAUGCAGGCGUGCUUCCCCGUGGUCUGGAUGUUCUCUUUAAUAGUAUCAAUGGGAAGCAGUGGCCCAGUAUGGACCUCAAGCCUCGCAUGUUUAAUGAUGUCGUAAAACUCACUCCAGAGGAGGAGGAAAAAGAGCGGAAAAUAAAGGAGCUUGUUAUGAAAAUGAACUCAUCUGAGGAUCUGAAUGUUAUGACACUGUUGGGGGAAGAUGCUGUUGAUCAAUCUAUGAUGAAUACAACUUCCCAGUCAAAUGAAACUUCCAGCAAAGCUUGUUCCACGGAGAGCCAAGAAGAUAUCUUGAUGGAGGUGCAGGAUCGUGUGCGUGAGGAAACUGCUGUUGAUGUGGCUGAUCAGGGACGGAUUCGGUUUUCUGUGUGGGUCAGUUUUGCAGAGAUCUAUAAUGAACAGAUUUUUGACUUGCUGGAGCCAAUGCCAAGAAAGAAUAAUGCGCGAAGACCAGUGCUUAAACUAAGUGAAGAUCGACGUGGCAGUCCAUAUAUAAAAGGAUUGAAAGAAAUCAAUGUGACUUCAGCUGAUGAGGCUUACAAGCUGUUGACUAUAGGACAGAGGAACUUGAAAACAGCCUGCACGCGUCUUAAUCACAGUUCUUCUCGCAGUCACUGCAUUUUCAACAUUAAGAUAAUCCGUGUUGCUGACAAGGGAAACCCCAAGUUUGCACGUGUAAGCAUGUUGUCUCUCUGUGACUUGGCUGGGUCUGAGAGGCAAGCUAAGACACAAACUACUGGUGAACGUCUGAAAGAAGCUGGCAACAUCAAUACAUCUCUGUUGACACUUGGCCGCUGUAUUGAACUGUUGAGAAACAAUCAGAAUCACAAGGAUAAUCCAAAGAUCAUCCCUUUUCGAGACAGCCGCCUAACCAGACUAUUUCAGAACUUCUUCUGUGGACGUGGUAAAGCAGCUAUGAUAGUGAAUGUCAGCCAGUGUGCCAGCAUGUUUGAUGAGACAUUGAAUGUUUUCAAGUUCUCAGCCAUUGCUAAACAGGUUGUUUUACCCAAGCCAGAAGAAAGGCCAACAGAAUUGUACAUCAACCCAAAGAGAACUACGAAAGGUUUUACUGUUCGUUCUUCUUCCAUUGGCUGGGACAAUUCUACCACUCCUGCUAAGCGACACAUACCUUCAGAGCUUGCUGAUCCUGAGGAAGAAGUGGAUGAGGGAUCUGGCAAUGAUGAGGAGUGCUAUAUCGAGUUUUUGGAGGCAAGGAUAUGUGAGCUGGAGGCACAGAUUAAGGAGUUGAAAAGAGAAAGAAUGGCACAUGAAAUCCACAUCAGACAAGAAGUUUGCAAGGAAAUGCAGGAUCAGUUUGUGAAAAUUGAAGAUAUGUACAGUACCAUGCUGAAGGAAACCAAGCAGGAAGAGGAAGAACGGUUUGAAAAGCGACUGAAACUUCUGAUGGAUAACAUUGAGCCUCAGCCAAGUAAGAGGAUACGCCUGGAGGAGCCAUCUGAAUCUGGGGGCAGCAAGACUAAACAGAAUACUAGUGUUAUGGUGGAUGGGGAGGAUGAAUGGGUCUCAUCCUUGCUACUGUAUCAAGAACGAAUUAAAGUACAGGAGCGGGAUGCAAGCUUGGUUGAAGCCAGAGAUGAGAUAAAUAAGUUGCGUAGUGAAAUCACUGAGUUGCAGUUCCAGACAGCUGAUCUCUUACGGAAAAAUAAAGAACAUGCUGAAAAGCUUCAGAAGGCAGAGGAAGCGCAGAAAAAGACAGAGGAGGAAGCUACAACAAGGAUUGAUGAGAUUAAGGAAUCAAGAAGCAUUGUAACUGAAAAGGCACCCAAGUGUGAAGAUGAUAUGGGCCAUUCAGUACUACUUGAAACAUUGGGGCAACAGCUUCAAGAAGCCAAAGACAAACUUCGGCAGCAGGAGAAAGAGAUCAAAGAUCUCAAUGAAAUGCUUGUAGACGCAGGGAAUACUUUUCACCAAAAAGAAGAAGAAAUAGCCAAAUUAAAGUCUGUCAUUGCUGAAGAUGAAGAAAAAAUGGAGCAUCAGGUUGAGACCAUUCGUGACCUUAGACAGCUCCUUGAAGAAAGCAGGCAGACGCUUGAGGAGUCUGAAAAGAAAAUAGAAGCAAAGAACCACAGCAUUGGCAACAUGAAAGAAGAAUUGACUCAUCUCCAAGGAAGAUUGACAGAAUGCCAUAAGACAGUCAGUGCAAGUGAAGCACUAAAGAAAUGUGAGGAAGAGUUAUCAAUUAUGAAAAAUCGCCUAACACGAGAAGAGCAGGAUUUCCAGCAGAGAGAAAAGGCACUCAUCCAUGGUUAUACUGCAGAGAUCAACAAUCUGAAGUCACAGAUGGCUUUGUUGAAGUCCCAGAAUUAUGUCAAAUCUGCACACUCGCCUGUAAAGAUGUCUUUGACACCUGACAAGCUUAAGUCACCUUCCAAGAGGCGACGGAAAUUUGCAUCAGAGGAUGAACCUAAAGAGAAAGAAAGGAAAAAGAAAGAAAAGAUACUUGAUGAAAGCUUCAGACUUGAUGUUGUUCGCCAGCUGAAAGAUCUGCAAAAGGAGCUGAACCAGAAUCGAACCAUGUCUGCUGAACUGCGCCGCAAACUUCAAGAUGCCCGGCAAUGUGCAGAGGUCAUGCAGCAACAGCUUGAGAGUAAGGCAGAUGUUGAGCACCGCCUAGAACAGAGCCAAUUUGAUCUGCUGGAGCUGCAGCAAAAGUUUGAAGAAAUGUCAUCUGCCAGUGGUGAAGUACAGCGACAGCUUGAGAGCAAGAAAGAGCUGCAGGCAGAACUAACAGACAAUCAGUCAGAGUCAGCAGAUCUGCGACAGAAACUGAGGAUCGCUGAAUCUUCAGGGGAAGAUCUAGAGAAGCGACUUGCAGCUGCCACUCAACAACUGCUGCAGGCAGAAGUUGCAAAGGUGGAGCUUGAAAAUCAGCUGAAGCAAGUUGUUUCUAAGCUGGAGCAGAAUGAAAAAGAGAAAGAAAUGUCACAAAGAAGAAUUAAAGAUCAGCGCAAGACCAUCAAAGACCUUAACAAAGAAAAGGGACAUCUGAAAAAGGAGAAUGAAACAUACCAUAUUACUCUUGAGGCACACAACAAAAAGAUUGAAGAGUUAAGUGAAGAAAGAGACCAGCUAAAAGAAAAACUAAACACUCUUGAGCAAGAACUGAAAUACAAAACAGAAGACUUAGACAGAGAAUUGCAGAAGAAAGAAGAAUUGGAAAUGGUAGUGUCGGAACUCAGAGCAAUGAUUAACAAGACUGCUUCUGAUCUAGAAACUCGUUCAGUGGAAGUUAAACAGCUGUCAGAGCAGGCAGCCAAAACCGAUAAGAAGACACUGCAUGAAGACCAGCUGCAGUCUGCUCUGAAUGAAGCCAACUCUCUUUUGCAAAAACAGAGCUCGGAAAACACUUCACUUCAAAAACAGGCAGACAGCAGCAAAGCUAGGAUAGCUCAGCUAGAAGCCAGAGUGAUGGAGUAUGAGCUAAAGGAGAAAGAUGAAAAAAUCAAUAAUGAGGAAUCUGUAAAACUCGUGGAACAGAAGAAUCAAGAACUGCAGCAAAUGGCAACAGAAGUGAAGGCUUUAAAGUCUGAAAUAGAAGCUAUUGCACAGAAAUCUCAGGAACAAAUAAGAGAUUUGGAAGAAGAGAGACGAGAGCUGGCUAUAAAAGGGUCCAGAGUUGAAGAACUAGAGAAAGAAAUUGAAGCUUCAAAGUUCAGACAUGAGCAAGAGAUAAAGGAUUUGGAAGUGAAACUGCAUUCCUUUGCAGAAGAUGCUUCUGCUAAACAUAUAGAGAUGCAGCAGAAGGUGCAUGCAUUUAAUGAGCUAGAAUCCAUACUUUCAGAAAAAGAAGAACGUCUUAAGGAAAUGGAAACAGUUCAGAAGAAACUGGAAACUGCUCAGAAUGUUUUGAAAGCGACAGAAACAGCUAUGGAUGUACUCAAACUGCAGUUGACAAAUGCUGAAAAUAAGGCAUCUGAAACUUCUGAAAAGUUUAAAUUUGCUAUUGAAGAAAUGAACACAACCUCAUCCCAGAAGCAGGCGCUCGAAAAGCAAGUGGCUGACCUCAGCACAGAUCUGUCGGUCUUGCAGCAGGAAAAAGCUGAGCUCCAGUCUUCCAAAAAAAUUCUAGAGGAGGCUUUAAAUGAACUUAGGUCAUCAGGCAAAAAGAUAGAGGAAGAACUAGCUGGGAAGAGCCGAGUUUUAGAGGAGAUGACAGAGAAAGAAUUGACAAGGUGCAAGAAACUGACUAGCCUUGAGGAAGCUCAAAAGAAGUCGGCUGCUUACCAUAAAAAGCGAGUGGCAGAACUGGAAAGUGCUUUGGCCAACAAAGAAAAAGAGGUGGAAGAUCUGCGCAGCUCUCUCAUGGAGUUGCAGAAGCAGGCAUCCGAAUGCAAUCAUCAGCUGGACCAGCUGAGCGAAGCUUCAGUCAAAAUUGCUGACCUUCGCUCCCAGCUUCACAUGAAGAAGGCCGUUCUGCAGAAAUACAAAGAUGAAGUUGCUGCUUUGACAGAUGAGAAAGAAGCUUGUCAAAGACAGGCUGAGAUCCUGUUGCAGGAAGCAGACAAGAUCAACAAAGAAAAGGGAAGUCUUUUGGAGGAGGUAAAAUGUCUCAAGGAAAGUUUGAGAGCUGUUGAAGAGACAGCUAAUGAGAAAGUUACCAGUCUUGAAAAGGAAAUUGAAAAGUUGAAAGCAUCUACAGAAGAGCAGGGUCAGUCAGGACAAAGUGCAAAUGAGAAAGCAACAUUGUUGGAAGAAAAGGUUAAAGAGUCGAAAGACACUCAAGAGCACCUGGUGCAAUGUCUUGAGAAAGUCGGCCAAGAACUUGCACUGACCAAAGCACAGCUUGAAGAAGCAAAGCUCGCACAAGCCCAGGAACAGGUCUUAAAGCCUGAAAGCUGUGCCACAGAGAGUACAAAAAUCCAGCAGCUACAAGCAGAGUUAAAUGCAGAACAUGCCAAAUCCCAGGAAUUGGAAAGACAAGUGGAAACUCUCAGAUCUGCUGACUCUACGCCCGGUACUCCAGGGUCUUUGCGUCGUCUACGCAAAGAAAAGAUUCGAGUGGAAAGUGACCUGGUUGCUGCUCGCUUUGAAAUUGAACGACUGAAGGAGCAGCUUCAGAAAGUUUUAAACACAAAAAGCAUGAAAGACUCACCCGCCUUUUUAUCACAGUCACUGAGUGGUGGCAGUUUCACAAAUAGUGAGAAAGGAAAGCUACAAGCUGAAUUGGCUGAGAAAGAGAAACUACUUCGGGAAGCUGAGACUGCCCACCAGCGGUGUGAAUGUGAGCUUCUAGAGGUUCGAUCCAGGCUUUCCAAUGCCAUGGUGGAACUGAAAGAAAUAAAAGCAAUUGGCUCUGAGAAAAUGCCUGAAAAUGAGACAAGGCAGCCAUUAUUCAGGCAAGCAGACAAACAUUUUCUGCAGUCAGAAUUGAAAAAGAGCCAAGAGCGAGAAGCCAGUCUACGCCAGGAACUUAAGCAGGCAAGUGUCACCAUGGUAACCAACAAUGCCACCAUAGCAGGCCUUGAAGAACAGCUUGCAGAUAGCUCAAAGAAAUUGGAAGAAAUGCAUAUGCAGUUGAAUGACCUGCAGACCAAGCACGAAACCAGCAACACAGAGAAGCAAGAUGUAGAAAAAUUGAAGAGCCAGCUCAAGGAGCUUGAGGAAGAAAUUGUACUAAAGAGCAAGCUCUUGGCUGCAAAACAAGACCAUGUGAAAGAGCUUCAGCAGAUGUUAGCUGCAGAGCAAGCCCAAAAGGAUCUAAUUGUUAAAGAUGCAAAAGCAAAUGAAGCAGCUGUGCAGAGGCUUAAAGAUGCACUUGUGGAACAAGAAGAGACUAUGGCCAAACAGGACAGCAUUCUCAUCGACAAGGAAAAUGAAAUCAAAUUCUUGAUGACAGAGCUGACAAAGAUCACCGACAGAUACCAACAACUGGUCAGCCAGAGUGGAGACUCAGGACGUGAGCUUCGAGAACUUACAUGCGUGCACGCUCGACUGCAGGCAGAGAAGGAGCAGUGUAUGAAAGAUCUCAUUGCAGUAAAGGAAGAAAGAGCAAGGCUUGUGCAAGAUGUCCAUGUCCUCAAGGUAGAGAAGGAGAGCAUCGCUCUUAAUCUGAAGAUUGCAGAAGAAACUAGAGAAAAUAUUAGCAGGGACUUAGGAGAGCUCAGAAGGGAAAGAGAUGCUGCCAUAGCCAGGUACAAGCAAGCAAUGGAUGACUGUGAAACACUGGAAAAGAAAGUGGCUAUUGCUAUGGAAGAGAAAAAACAACUUGAGGAAAAAUUGAACAUGGCCACCAUAGAGUGCAGUAGAUUGACAUCAACAGUGACAAAGGAAGGAAAGACUACACAGAAUCUGGAGGAGCAGCUUGUUAGUACACAGAAAGAACUGGCAAAAGUGAAGAAAGCAUAUGAAAAAGAUACCCAGUGCCUCCUUACUAGCAAAGCCCAUGAAGGGGAGUUAAAAACCAAAGUAAAGGCUUUACAACUGGAAGUCAGGCAGAUGGAGGAAAAGAUGAAGAAGGGGGAGGAGGAGAGAGAUGUGUGGCGGGAGCAGAGGGAUAAACUUGUGGGCCAGAUGGAGACUAUUCUCCACAACUUAUCUCAAGAAAACAAGGACCUCAAAGCCCAGCAGCAGACUGAGCAUGACCACUACAGCAAACUGCUAGAGCAGGAGCGGGUAGAAAAGAAGGAACUGAAGCGACAGCUGAAAACACUGCAACGUGCCAAGGACUCAGUUGUUGCAGACUUGAAACACACCAACCACACACUUCAGGUAGAACUGGCUCUUGCCCAGGGUGUAGCCCCUCCACCUCGUCCACCCCCACCCCAGCAUUACAGUUUCCGGGUCAAUGAGUCAGACUUAAUAGACGACGUAGAUACAACUGGUCACAUGGAAGUUGAUGCCACGCCCCCUGUGGCAGCCAAGAGCUUACGCAAGAGUCGUAAAAGAGGGUCCACCUUGAAUUCCAGUACUUCACAGAACACAAGCGUAACUGGAAAAACAAAAAGGAAGACAAAAGACAUCAUACCAGACACUCCUGAAACUUCAGAGAAGAUGAGGCCACUUAGUAAUAUAAUUGAGCAGGAAGAGAAAAAACUACAAUCUCCAGUCACUCGCUCAGCCAAAAAGAUUUUACACAUAGGCAGCACAGAUAGAUGCCCUCCUAAUGACAACCAAGAAAAUAUAUCCAACCCUUCCUCAGACGAGAAUAGCCAACGUGGACGGAGAAAGGCAAAGAGAGAGGAUUUGCCUAUUGAGUGUGCACCAUAUCAGUUAAAACCAUGGGCUGCACCUUAGCUUUGAGUGAAAACCUGGCUUCAUCUAGCAGCCCCCUUCAAUGCAAACCAGGCAAAGUAGAAGACUGCAAGGUCAACGCCAGGCCUCCAAGCAGUCCCUGGUGUAAAGAAAGUGCAUUAGUGGCGAGCACAAUGGACAUUUUUGUGGCACCACUCAGACUGCCUCGCUAUGUAGUGUAUGUAAAUAGUCUGUUAUGUACUCUCAGCCCAGACAAAUGAACCUGAUGUGAGAUACUUCAUCAUGAUCUCAAUGUGCUGUCAAAGCUGUUAAUAUGGUAAUAGUAUGGCACAUUUUUAAGUCUAUGAUGUGUCUUGAUUUUAGCUGGUUACUUUAAAAAACUACCACCUUUUGUCUUCAAUCUUUUUCCUGAAAAUUUCCAUUCCUGUUUUUUUUUUUAAUUGCAGCUGACAUAAAUAGCCACCUUUUUCUAACUACAAUGAAAAAAUUCUUUCUUUUCCAGUUUUUCAUUAAAGAAAGCAAUAUGAACAAUUCCGUACUUUUCUCAUGGAUGGAAUGAUGUUACUGUUUCCUUAUAACUUGCUUGAGAUAUAUAUAUCUACCUAUGCUGCUCAUUUUUAAGUUUAACCUGUUGUACUGAAGUUUUAGUGUUAUUAACACUGAUGCUGUGAUGAAAUAUUGGCAUUGUGUAGUAAUUGUUGAAAGAUGGGCAUACUUGUCAGUGUUGUCAUGUAUUAUUUUAUAUCAUAUGCAUAUGGUGUGUGAUGUACCUGGUGGAAACUUGCGCACUAUCAUCUCUCACUUGCAAGGGACUAAACUGUGUCAGAAAUGCAUCGAGCUCUCAAGGGCUAGUGAACAUUUACUCUGCUGGAUCAGAGUGUAAGCUGUAAUUUGUGGGGUGUCGGGUGCAGAAGCAUGCAACAAGUGCAGAAUUAUGAAACGAUGAUCAAGGCCUGGGCUCUGCAAAUAGUGUGCAAGUAAUUACUUACAGAUCUCACCCCAACCCAGCAUCUACACUCUACAAUACAUCCAGUCCAAUGUUUCACCAUUUUUGUCACAGCGGUUAAAAACUUACGUUUUGUUUACUAUUCCGCAGAGAACGUCUGGAGACUUUAUAGAAAUAGAUGCACAGAUUUUAUUUUAGAAUGUUGUGUGCUGUUUGUUGUUUGUCAUGCGUCCAUUUAGGUUCUUGCAGUUUAUUCUCAUGUUUCAUUUAUUGACAGUGGUGAUAGGCUUGGCAGAUUUUAUCAGACUUGUAUAACACCAGCAGGAAUAUCUUGCUUCAAUCUAGGUUGUGAUAUGCAGCAAGGAAAGUGCUGGCCAUGGUGGUUUUAUUUUGGUUGUGCUCAGGUUUUUUUAAAGUCUUUUAUGUUUUGAUUCAAUGUUCUUACAUAAAGGGCAAACACAGCAUGCCGCCUCCUCCCACCAUUCUUGCAACUGAAUGCUGGUUAGUUUGUGUACUUUUGUCAUCUUUAAAAAUGCCAUUUUUUAACACUUUAAAGGUCUAGAACAUAUUUAUACAUUGAAUGUUUAUGAUGCCAAUUUACUUUUUUCCUACCUAUAUGAACAAUGUUUUGUUUGGGUCUUUACAUCAAAUGUAUCAGUUUCAAAUAUUACAAAACUGAAACUUACACAUUUGAUUUGAACAACAUCCCACAGAUUUUUAGUUUUUGUUGUUUUUGGUUGUUUUUUUUUUUGGGGUGGGUGGGGGGGGGGUUAAGUACUUAAGAGUAUUCUUUGUUUUGCUGAAUUCGGGUGUGUGUGUGUACAAAUACAUGAGCGUGUGAAACAAACCUAUAUUUUGAACAAAUGUAGUGCAUUUAAAAAAGAACAAGUUCACUGGGUUUCUUGCCAGUCUGGCAGGUGACCUGGUGUUUUAUUCCUGAUAAAUUGUUUUAACAUAUUAUGUGGGUGUGUCUUGAACAGAUGUAUACCUACUGCAAAAUAUGAACAAACGGUAUUAUAUACGUUAAGAACGAGUGUUGCUGAUGCAUGAAAAAUAAACUAGAAGGAAAACGA